CGACCAAUUGCCACCACCAUGGACUCCAGCGUGACCAGUUCCCACCAGCCGCGCUCCAACCCAGGCCCCAUCCGGCCAUCCCCACAACACCCUUCACAGGCCUGUGCAGAGGACAAGAGCAUGUGGCUUCAAGCUUUCUAUCUUCAUUUGAGGAAAGCGGGAAGCUCGAAAUACCACCACCGCACCUCCGCCGGAAGCAGCGGCCCCUAAUUCGAAGUCGUCAUCCAUCAAGGAUGGCGGAUCUGGAACCAGUGGUCACGAAUCGGAGUCAUCGCCCAUUGAGGGAGGUGGAUUCGGAACUGGCAACCUCAAAUUGGAGUAGUCGUCCAUGGGAGGGGCGGCCAGAGAGGAAAAUGGAGGAGCUAGGUGCUGCUGCUACCGUCGACGAAACUGAGGGCGGAGGUUUAAGUUCUACCACAGGCGAAGGUGGAUUGCGGCGAAAAUGGAGGCUCGGCGAGGUAUGUUGCGAUGAAGGUGGAGGAGUGAGGGCGGAAAAGAGAAGAUGAAGCGGAAGGCAGAUCUAUGUUUGUGGAAGAGGUGAGAUGAAGUAGCGCUAUGUUCAUGGAAGAGGCGAGAAGAAGUUCUGCAGCUGAUCACUUUUAUGCCAUUUUUAAUAUUGGUCAUAUUUUUAUCCUAUACAAGUUGAGAACUAAUAUCCGGGUCAUUUUUUCAUAUUUAUAACCGAGCCAUUCGAGUCCUUGGUGACUACAAAAAUGUCUUUGAGGUCAAACAUCAAACACUUUAUAAACGCUACUUCAGUUCGCUCAUUUUCACGCAACUUCCAUCACAGUGGUCGGCAUUCCAUUCCGCCGGAGCUAGCUGGUCCACCUCUGCAACAAGGUCCAUACCAUCUUCUCAAAGAAGACCCUAUUGAAGUUCUAUCCAACCUCUGGGUCAAGACCUUCUCACAACCGGGAAAGCCCUUCUCUAACCUUACCGGAUUCCUCUCGAAGCUAGACCUCUGGGUCCUUGCCUACCAGCGUACCUGCGCCCACGUCACUGGCUCCUUUCCUCCCCGCAAUGCAAUCCACAGUCACAUCCUCUCAGAUCUUGUGUCCCUACGAAACACGGUUGUUUCCGGAAAAUUCAUCUGGAACGACAAGGCGCAUCCAGUAAUUUGUGGACCCAACGAAAGACCCAUUGCGAACCUCUCCCGCCGCCAGCUCGAUACUGUUCUCACCUCCAAAGCCCCGCCGUUUCAGGACCAGGAACCCCCACACUGUCAUCCGGACCAUCAGGAGUAACUUUGCUGGGUAUUUAUGGUAUUUGAGAGGUGAUGUAAGUGACAUUUUCGAUAAUGUUGAUAUGAACACAGCCAUGGAUUGCAUUGGAAAAGUCUUGAAGGAUAAGAAGGUAUUAAGCUUGAUCAGAUCAGGUUUGAGAGCAGGAAGCAGUGAUGAAGGCAAAGACAAGAAGUUGGAUAAAAAGAAAUCGAAAAAAACCCAGACAAAGAAAAGAAUUCUGAAAGCAAAUGAGCCGAAGCCAGACCCAUAUUGGCUGAGGGCGUUCUAUGAUUUUUCACCAGAAGAGGCUGCAAAGAUACCAAAGUAUGGGUACUGUGGGAUUCUCAGUCCAUUGCUAGCAAACGCCUGUCUAAAUGAGCUGGAUCAUAUGAUGGAAGAGAAGAUAGUUGAGUUCUUCAGGCCCUGCGAGCUUGACGCUAUUUGGAAACACUCUAUUGAUGAUGGUUGUCAUAAUCCGUCUUGGCCCGAGUUUGUUCCGUCGAGCGGGAAAGGGAAAACGAGAAAGAUGGACUACAUUCGGUUCGGGGGACAUUUCUUGAUUGGCAUAAGAGGUCCUAGGCAAGACGCCGUGGAUGUUAGGAAGGAAAUAAUCGAGUUUUGUGAGAGAGAGUAUGGCAUAAGAUUGGAUAACUCAAAAAUUGAAAUAGAGCACAUUAGUAGGGGGGUUCAAUUCUUGGAUCAUAUGAUUUGUCGCCGGGUAAUAUACCCCACACUCCACUACACAGCUUCAGGAGGGACUGUUGUGAGCCAGAAAGGCGUAGGGACACUUCUCUCCGUCACUGCCAGCCUGCAACGAUGUAUUCGCCUGUUCCGGCAGCUCAAGCUUGUGAAGGGCGACAGUGAUCCAGAGCCACUUCCUUGCACCCCAAUGCUUUAUUCCGGUCAAGCUCAUACUAAUGCUCAAAUGAAUAAGUUGCUUGAGACCUUAGCGGAUUGGUACAGGUUUGCAGAUAACAGACGGAAAGUUAUCGGCUUUUGUGCUUACGUGAUCCGUAGCUCUCUGGCUAAGCUGUAUGCGGCCAGAUAUAGACUAAAAUCUCGUGCUAAGGUGUAUAAGAUUGCAUCACGCGAUCUGAGCCGUUCCUUGAGGGAACACAGUAACAACGCCGCACCUGAGUACUCUGAUCUUCUGAGGAUGGGACUUGUUGAUGCUAUUGAAGGUGUUCAGUUCUCUCGCAUGUCCUUCAUCCCGUCAUGUGAUUACACCCCUUUCCCUAGGAGCUGGGUCCCAGAUCAUGAGAGGAUGUUGCAUGAGUAUGCCAAAUUACAAGAUCCUAAAUUUUUUUGCGAACUGCUCAAGUCUGUGAAAAGGAAGUCUUUGUCUUUACCGCAAGAUGAGGUGUCUGAAAUUGUUUGGGACUACAAGACACUCGGCGUGCAAAGCAAGCGAUUCAGUGGUGAUUAAGAAGAGCAAAAUUAUAUGGGACUCGUGAUUUUUGGGAUAAUGAGAGAAGGAGCAUAGUUCAACUAAGGCAAUCCGACUAGCAGUAGUCUCAAGUUUGUGCCACAACACUUUUUUCCCAAGACAACUGCUCUUCAUUCUUGAAGAUCACUUUUGGUUUACUCAAAUGCCAUGGAUAGUUUCUAUGUAUAGAUAAUAGAAGUGGUGAUCUUUUCCAAACAGCUCCUGCCCUUGAGAAGUGUCUCUGUUCACACGCUCUCUUUCUUAAACUAGUAGUGUUUAAAGAGAGUUAAUCGCACGCACUGCUCUGAAGCCCAUGAUAUGAUGAACCCUUGAGCUAGGUGAUAUGAGAUUUCCUACCCUCACCUACCACUACCUACUAAGUCAUAUCAUCUGUCUUCCUAUUUUAGCCAUUUCAAAUCUCAAUGUAUAAACUGCUACAGAAGUACUACGCAUUAUUUUAGUGUUGUCUGCGACAUUACCUUCGUUAGUGAAGAACUAACUUAUUACAUAGUAAUUCAUUGCCAAAUAU